ACUAGUGGAGUGAAGGCGUAUUUGGAGGGAUAACGAUAACACACUCGGCCACAGUGGGAGAAAAGACACGGCUGCUGCUGCCACAGUGACUAACACACGUACACGAACACAUACACACACACACACACACACACACACACACACACACACCGCUCACCGACUGCUUGAACCGGAGGGACGGUCCUCGCGACUGUGAGGCGUAAAUGGCCACAACAUUUCCCAAAAGAAGACGCUUGCCCGCAAGACAACCUGUGCACCAGAUGCGUCCUGGAAAUUAGGACGCGUUUUUUUUUUUUUUUUGCUGUUCAUUAGACCCUUUUUUUUUCACACUCAAAGGGAGUUUUUGUCAGCUUUUUCUUUGGACGGGGAUCUUGAUCAAUACACUGCAAUCAUGGACGAGGAUAACCAAGUACCUGAAGACCUGUCUUUGGAGGAAAGAGAUGAGCUGUCGAACAUACGGCGCAGGAAAAAAGAGCUUCUGGAUGAUAUUGAACGGCUGAAGUUUGAGAUUGCCGAGGUGAUGACUGAGAUCGAGCAGCUAACCUGUGUAGGAGAGAGCAAAACAACGCAAAGAAAUAAACAGAUCGCCAUGGGGAGGAAGAAGUUCAACAUGGACCCGAAAAAGGGGAUCCAGUUUCUGUUAGAGAACGAUCUUCUCCAGAACACCCCAGAGGACAUCUCUCAGUUCCUCUACAAAGGCGAAGGGCUCAACAAAACCGUCAUCGGGGACUACUUAGGGGAACGGGAUGACUUUAACAUCAAGGUCCUUCAUGCCUUUGUGGAGCUCCAUGAGUUUGCAGACCUCAACCUCGUGCAGGCCUUAAGGCAGUUUCUGUGGAGCUUCAGACUUCCUGGCGAGGCCCAGAAGAUUGAUCGUAUGAUGGAGGCCUUUGCCUCCAGGUACUGCCAAUGCAAUCCCGGCGUCUUCCAGUCCACAGAUACCUGCUAUGUCUUAUCCUUUGCCAUCAUUAUGCUGAACACGAGUCUGCACAAUCCCAACGUCAGAGACAAGCCCCCCGUGGAGCGCUUCAUCUCCAUGAACAGAGGGAUCAAUGAGGGGGGAGACCUCCCAGAGGAGCUACUCAGGAAUCUAUACGACAGCAUCAAGAGCGAACCCUUUAAGAUCCCAGAGGAUGACGGGAACGACCUGACGCACACCUUCUUCAACCCAGACAGAGAAGGCUGGCUGCUGAAAUUAGGGGGCCGAGUGAAAACCUGGAAGAGGAGGUGGUUCAUCCUGACCGACAACUGCCUCUACUACUUUGAAUACACAACAGACAAGGAGCCCCGUGGGAUCAUCCCUCUAGAGAAUCUCAGCAUCAGGGAGGUGGAGGAGCCCAGGAAACCUAACUGUUUUGAGCUCUAUAACCCCAAUCACAAAGGCCAGGUGAUCAAAGCCUGCAAGACGGAGGCAGAUGGUCGUGUUGUUGAGGGAAACCACGUGGUGUACAGGAUAUCAGCGCCAACGCCAGAGGAGAAAGAGGAGUGGAUUAAAUCCAUAAAGGCAAGCAUCAGCAGAGACCCCUUCUACGACAUGCUGGCCACCAGGAAGAGACGAAUCGCCAACAAGAAGUGAAGAGGCACAAUCUUCUCAACAUCCAGCCCCUCCAUCUCUCUCUCCUUCAGCUCAUGGACACAUUUACAGAAUUUGCAUCUGUUUGACCAGAGACAUGACUGUCAACCCUCAGAAAAGACUUCACCCCCUGAAGACAAACCUCAGCUCUCCCUAGGACUUCUCUCAAGUCAUGUGCACUUGUUGGGGGACACACCACACACUACAGAGAGGACAGCAUAGCUCCAGGAAGCUCAUAAAUGUGGACAUGCAUGGAGCGAAACAUGGUCAACCAACCAGCUGGUUUGUUUUUCUGCCAUCUCAUACACACCCCCUACCUCCCCCUCUCAUUGUCAUAACAUGUUUGUAGGUCUUUUUAAAGCACAACUGCCAUGUUUCAGGUGCACAUGCAUGCAUGUGGGUUGUUAUAGACCAAUUUGUUUGUGUUUGUAUGUGUGUGCGUGUGUGUGUGUGUAUGCAGCAGUGUGCAUGCUAUCAGUGCACACAGCAUCUACAGUAUGGACGCAAACGACAUGCUAGCCUCCAGUGUGCACAGGGUGAUAAAUGUGGAUGUGGAUGCAGACAGGUGGAAGAGGAACAUUGAGAGAGGACACCUCACCUGGACGAUGUCAUCAUCUCACUCUGGUGCUGAAUUACUCCUCUACAGGGGCCAUGGCUGAAGCCCUGCUCAGAGUAACCUCAGAAACAUUUAGGUUCCUAACAAAGCAUUACAGUCUGAAGUCAGCUGGGCUGAUUUCAUUUAUUUGUGUGGAGCAGAGAAUUUUUGAAAUGUGCAUACUUUUUUAUUUUAGUUGAGUAGAGAAAGGAGCUUUUGCUGAGGCCUGAGAUGAAACCUGCUUAGAGUUGUAAUCCUUAAGAUUUCCAAACCCUUGUUGAUGUGGAGCCAUGUGUGUAAAGUGGUGCCAAAAGCGAAUACAGGUGCAGUUGACAAAACUCACAUUGUUUCAAUGAAGAAGUAGAACUGAAAUAGCUGUAAACUUGUGUUUAUUCUUCAUGCUGCACAGACACAAGUUCACAAAACACUGCACUGUAAAGUAAGCACUACAUAAGAUUUGUAAGCAGUGGAGGCUGGUCAAUAGAGGGCGCUGCCAAACUGCUCCCUACAAGGAGAAUGUUAAACUUUCAAAAUAUACACAGAGAGAUUUAUUCAAGAGAAAAGUGAAUAUUAUAUUGUGAGUUAAAUGUAUCGUCUGCAA